UUACUGCUUGAGCUGAGGCGGGCAAAGGGAGUGUCCGCUGGCUGGGUGGAGAUGGAACAGCGCUCUGACGUCUUGUUACUGAGAAUGACUUGAAAGAAGACUAAAAACACUGUUUGACAACAGCGCAGCAGGCGAGACAGUCACGGAAAGCAGAGAAAUAGCUUUUCUAGCGACUUCUUCCCGCUUCCAUUCAUCGCCCGUCUGUAUGACAGCGUGAAAACACAAGGGCUUAAGCUAUGGAGAGCUCAGUCGAGGCUUCCCAAAGCGGACAAAACCCAAAACCAUCUUUGGGCUCCAAACCUCUGCUCACUCCCAAGCCUUUCUCUGUGAAGAACAGUACACAAAUCCGCUCCAUCAAUGCUCCAAGAUCCGUAAAAGUUAGGUCUUGGUCACAAACAGAACUGGCUGAUGAAUCGAAGCCCACUGGUGGCCCUCAAUCAGAUUCAACUGCUCCUGCUCUAAAAUCACCUCAGCCAACUUCUAAAUCAGCCUUCAGACCCAGACCUGUUAGUAUGCCAAUUGAAACCCUUCUAGAUCCAACCAAAGCAGAUGAUUAUGUACCACAGAAGGAGGAUAGUCCUGAUUCUGUAGUACCAGAUGGAGCCCCUAAACUCGCUCCAUCUAAAGAGACAGUGAAUCCAGAACCUGUCCAGAAAGACGCUGAUGCCCAAACAAAUCACAAAACAUCCACUGGUGCUGUUUCUAACUCAGAGCAGAAGGAUGAAAAUGAGAUGAAUACAACUCUGGUUUCUGCUCCCCAAACGCCCGAAGAACCAGCCAGCGAAAUUCCCUUCAUAAUCAGCGGUCCCAGGAAGCGCCUGUCCAUGGCGCUCACCUCCAGGUUUGAGUCAGGUGGCGUGCUGCUACCCCCUCAACCAGUGAAGACCACCACUAAACCCAACACCAAAUGCCUCUCAGUUAAAACAGUGUCUUCUGAGCCAGAGCAACAGCAGGCAGCACCGAAUCCUUCAAACAAUGAGAGCAGCUCUGAUGAUCAGGAGGAAACCUCCAACAAAAUAUACAGCAUCCAAAACAGAAUUGAUCGUCUGUUUGGCUCGGUAACAAGGCGGGGAGUCACGGCCAAGAAAGAGGAGCCGGAUGUCACCGAUGGUAUCGGUGGUGUGAAGGAGCAGAUCAAGAACUGGUCAGCAGAAACGGGUUCUGAGAGUCCAAAGUCAGAGAAGAUGCCCAGGGUUCUCUCCAAGAGCAUUGAGCCAGCAGCUGUUUCCCCAUCAGAGAAAACACCUGACAAGAUUACGGUGGAGGCUCCUGUUGCAGAUGAGAAGUCCACUCAGAGUGUUGAUCCACAGCAGAUGGUUUCCCCUGCUGAACAACCAACAAAAGAAGCUUCCACUGAAGAAAAAUUACCAGGAAUCUCAACUGCCACCCCUGGAGAGAACAACCAAACCACAGAAGGUACUGUUCAGCUACGCCGACCUCGUACAACAGACGGUGCUGCAGACAACGAGGCAAGGAGGAGCCUGCGUCGCUCUGUUCGCUUUGGUGUCGUGGAGUCAGAUGAUGGGUCACCUCCAAAGAUACUUAGUUCCGAUCCUGAAUCUAGUUCAGAGGAAGAAGAAGUAGAUGAAGAGAAUGAGAAAGAUGAUCACGUUUCAGGUACAAGGCUCAAAUUAGAACGGAAAGAAAAAUGGAUAAAUCUGGAUUUUCAAAAGAAAGCGAAAGAGGAGGAAAUGCAGACUAAUAAUUCAGAAAAGUCAUUAAGUAAGAACAUAGAGUCCAUAACCAGCAAACCGGCAGAGAAAAGUGAGAGUCAACUGUUAGAAACCAAGAAAAGAGAGGAGGAGGUGCUGAAGGAAGAAGAGAUAGAAAAACAAAGACACGUGAAGCAGAAAGAGCUGGAAGAGCAAAGAAAGAAGGAAAAUGAUAAACUAAGGGAGGAGGCAAAGGAAAGAGAGAGGCUAGAGGAGGAGAAGAGGAAGGAGAGACUAAGACUGGAGAAGGAGAGGCUCAGAGAGAAAGAAAGACAGGAGGAGGUUAUGAGAGAGAAGCUGAGACAGGAGGAGGAAGAGAGGAGGAAGGAGGAACAAAGAAGAGAGGAAGAGGAGAAGAGGAAGGAGAAACAGAGACUGGAGGAGGAGAGGCUGAAGGAGAAACUAAGACAGGAGGAGGAAGAGAGGAGGAAGGAGGAACAGAGAAGAGAGGAGGAUGAGAAGAGGAAGGAGAAACAGAGACUGGAUGAGGAAGAGAAGAGGAAGGAGCAACAGAGAAGAGAGGAUGAUGAAAAGAGGAAGGAGAAACAGAGACUAGAAGAGGAAGAGAAAAGGGAGAAACAGAGACAGGAGGAGGAGGAGAAACUGAGACAGAAUGAAAUUAUGAGAGAGAAACUGAGACAGGAGGAGGAGAAGCUAAAAGAGAAACAAAGACAGGAGGAGGAAACACUGAGGGAGAAACAGAGACAAGAGGAGGAAAAACUGAAAGAGAGACAAAGACAGGAAGAGGAGAUGCUGAGGGAGAAACAGAAACAGGAGGAGGAUAGACUGAUAGAGAAACUGAGACAAGAGGAGGAGAGACUGAGGGAGAAAAUGAGACAAGAGGAGGAGAAGCUUAGGCAGAAGCAGAAACAGGAGGAGAGAUUGAGCACGAAACAGCGAGAGGAGGAUGAAAGGCUGAAGGAGGAACAGAGACAGGAGGACAUUCUGGAAGAGAAACUUAGACAAGAGGAGGAGAAGAGGAAGGAGAAACAGAGACAGGACGAGAAGGAAAAUAGGAAGGUGCUACAGGAGAAAGAGUUGGAGAGGAAGAGAAGUAAGGAGAAAGAAGAAGAGGCGAGAAAGAGAGUUGUGGAGAAAGAAAGAGCUGAUGUGCAGCUGGACCUGCAGACACAGAAGACAGUGAGAGAAGGAGACAGAACAGAACCUGAGACAGGAGCAGAGAGUGGAUCGGACGAAAAGGAGGACAGUCUCAUCUGGUGUGACUCUGAAGAGUUUUCUCAGAAGACAGAAUCAUCAAACGUAGACGAGCUCCCAUCACCUCUGAUUGAUGUCGUUUACGAUGACUUCUCUGUCAGGAAGCCUUCAAUCGAGGUGGAGUACGACGACUUUUCUGUCAAACCAGUAAAGUGGAUUCCUCCAACCAAAGCAGAACCUGUCAGCAGGAGCUGGGCUGUUGACGAGAAGGAUCUGCUCAUGUCCUUCGAUGACGAACCUUGGGACAAUCAGGGAGAAGGAAGGGAGGUGAAAAACGAGCCGGUGAAGAGCCCAACUCAGGAGAACCCACGGGAAAAAGAGAUGGGGUUGUUGGUGGACUUUGGGGUGAAGGAGGAGGAGUCAUCAGAGGAAGAUGAGCUUGUUUCUACAGAGGUGGAAGAGGAGGAGGAAAUGAAAGAAGAUGAAACCGAAGAAGACUACAGCAGUGAUGACAGUGACGACAGUAAGACACAGACUGGCAAUUACUCCAUAAAACCUGUGGACGAAGACACGGAUGACUUGUCGGACAAUGAAUCACAGCAGGAUGAGAUCCAUGAAGGGACGUCUCAAACUGACAGUCCAAAGCCCGUCUCUGAAGAGCUAUUUGAUGAAGAUGUUGAUUCUUGCAAAGAGCCAGAAUUUGUACCAUUUCCUGAGAUGUCCACUCCUCUGCUGGACACCAGCACCCAGAGAUCUAAAGCAAAACUGAAUAGGGCUCGAAAUCGAUCGCUUCCCUCGCGCUCUUUCCGCGUAGACUUAAAUAAGAGGAGCAGGCUGGACUGGAUGGUUAACACAGAUACAUCAGAGGAUUUGCCGAAAGAAGAGCAGUCCGACUCUGAGGAGCAGGAAGAGGAACAGUCGCAACCAAAAGCCAUCAUUUCUCAUCCUUCCUCAACGUCGAAAGUUCCCAUGUUUCCUGGUCUGAGUCCUGCAGCCCUACUAGCUGGGAUAAAGAAAAGAGCAGGUGGAGAAGCACCUGCAGCAGUGGAAGAGACAGAAAAGAACAAGGUAACAGAAGAGAAAGGGAUGGAAGAAGAGCCUCCCUCACAGCCAACACGGUCUCCUCGCCUGCCUGGUCACAUGGCCGGGGCUGCGCGAGUGCUGCCCCCUAUGGGAGACACAGGUGGAAGUGCCGGUUCCUCUCCUGCAUGGUUAGCAGAGCUGAAGUCUAAGAAGCGUAUGAAUCAACAGGGUGGUAAAACAUAACUGGACACAAGAGACACUGGAUCAUCGCUCUCCAGCAGGAGUUGGCCUGUUUCACUUUCCUGCUGCGGACAGAUAUUUUUAUAUUGGUUCUGCACUUUUGAGUGUCUUAUUGUGGAACUUUUCUGAUAUUUUACAGAGAAGAAUUUAGUCUCAUUUUUGGAUACAGAAGCAAUAAAGACUUUUUUAACUUGUAAAUGAAAAUUGGUGCCAAGACCACGUGCAAAUAAUGUUUAAUGUCAAGUAAAUGUUUAAUAAUGUGUUGUCUGGAGACUCAGUGGGACCAUGAACCUUUAAGUGUACUUUAGAGAAACGCUUUGUACUGUUAGUGAUUAAAUGUGCAAGUCCAUCAUGCAGGGGCUGGUGACAUUAACACCUACUUUAGCAGGAAGUUACUUUUACACACAUGCAUGCGUUUAUGCAAUUAUCAGAAGUUUCAACUUAAUCCUAACCUUAACCAUCAUAGUGAAAUAGCUUGUCCCCUCUCAAUACAAAUUUAUUUUUCUAGUGUUAAUCUUAAGUGCUUAUUCAAAUUUUUAAGAGCCCUUCAAAAUCCUCACAAUGUGACACACCCAAACUAUCCCUACAGUCACAGAGACGCAUGAAUAGCCACAAAAAAAUGCAAAGAAAUAUGAAACAGAAGAGAUAAAAUGUGUUAUUUAGUUUGCUUUUUUAUAUCGUAUCCAAAGCAAAGAAAGUUUGAUGCACUUUAACAUAAAUCAUGGCAAAUUUUUUAUGUGUUUUACAACAGAGCAAUAUCAAAUCAUGCACUCAAUUUGAUAAAACUGAUCAGGGAGUUUUUUAUUUGUUUUUUUAUUACAGCGUUGCUAGACUUAAACAAUAAGGGGUUUAUUAACAGCUCACGACGUCCACAGUGGGCUGAGGUUUUUUUCUUCUUUAAGGGGUCGAUAUUCUGGAGGUGUGUGUGUUUUCUAAAACCCAGAGUGCAUUUAAUGUCUGAUGUGCCUUUUUUCAUGCUGCUGAAUGACUUGUCAUGAAUUCUUGGAUCAUUUAAGAUCACCAUACUGUUUGUUUAUUGGAAGCAGGGAGUUUUAAUAAAUCUUUUUCUAUGAAAUGAA